AUGUUUCAUCCUUAUGAUUUGUUGUCAUACGUUUUCAACGGCAAGGGCAAGCAUGGCAAAUCCGAAGGCAAGGGCAUUCCCGAACCGCAUCAUGGUGAUGCCGCCACUGGUGCAGCUGCCUCUCCGAAAGGGAAAGGCAAGAACCAUUCCAAGGGUAAGCAGGGCAAAUCUUCUGCCUCCGAGUGGGUCGAGGUCCGAUGGAAGGUGCGACCCUCUGACUUGUGUUUCGAUGAAGCUUUUUUCGAUGAGGAGUCCCUGGCAGUCCAUCUUGACUUGGACGAUGGACCAGCGCUGGCCCAAGCCGACGACGAGAAGACCCUGGUGGAUCUUUUCUCCAUUCUCAAGGGUGGCUGUGAUAAGAACUCCUUGCUGAUCUUCACUGGACCCUGUGGCCCGGCCCUCGAAGAUAUUCAGCAACGCCAUCCAGUCAAGAUGAAGUACCUGCCUGGAACUUUGCGUGAUGUUGGGUGGUUGGCUGAUGCGGUGAGCACGCCCAAGCCCCAGCAACGAUACAAUGCAGCUGACACCGUGGUGCUGAGGGCUGCAGCUGCUAUGCGCUUUCUGGAAGCUGAUCAAUGGAAGAAAGUGCGUGGAGCUCCAGCUGCUUCACUUCGUGAGUGGAUCGCAAGGGCCGACUCAAAGCUCUUGUUGGCUGUCCGAGAUACAUGGGGCUGGCAGGCCUUGGAUGAGUCCCAGGUUUCUGGCUUGAUCCGUGUUUCGCCCUCCGUUGCACGUGCUCUUCUUGCAAGAGGCGGCGAGCUGCUUGGAGGUGUUGUGUGGUCCUUUACUCCUUUGGAUUGGACCAAGCUCCACCUGCAGGUUCCUGUCAAUCUGUACCAGAAGCCUGAUGAGGGCGAAGUCGACCUCGAUUACCUCAAGCGUCUGACUUCUGCGGCUUCGAGUCUUGGCGUUCACCUUGGAUUCCGCGAAGACUUGGAGGCCGCCGAGCGAAGUGCUGAGGGUGGCGAGGAUCAAAUGGACAAGAAGAUGGAAAAUGGUAAGGACACACAAGCCCAGUCUGCCAAUCAGGAAGAUUUGCUUAACAGGGAAUUAGGCCGCGGCUUUAAGUUCUUUCAGGGUGGCGAAGAACCGAAGAAAUGCACAGAAAUCCUCCUCUCCCUGGAAUUAGCUUCGCGCCAGCUGGACAAGGCGCAGUGCAUGCGUUUCGGGACGGACUUCGUGAAAGAGGGCUGGAACCCCGCUGUCUUCAGCUGGUCUGUGGUGGAGCCCGAGCAACUGAAGCUACUCUUGCGUGACACUGACUUCGUCGCGGUGUUGGCUGGGCUUCACCUGGACUACAAUGCGCCCACGGCCAGGCGCUUGCAGAUCGCUGGCCGUGAGAUUCGUUUGGAGCGAAUUCAAAGCCUCACACACAUCCGCGCGCUACGAAGGGCAUCCACUGUUGACCUCCAGCGCCUCAGUCAG